AUGGAGCAUAGAGCCCCUUACAUUGCUGGUGAGGAGGAAGAAAACUUUCCCCAGCCUGCUGUGAAGAAUUUGUUCCAUCAUUGGUAUCAGAAGGAGGAAAAUACUGAAGGUUCUGAGGAAAUUAUAGGAGCUGUGGGAAAAUUUUCCUCUGAAGUCAGGACUGUGCGGGACGGUGUCAUCCUUCCAACAGAUAAGAGGUUUUCCUGUACUGAGUGCGGGAAGUGUUUCCGUUUUAAGUGCAGUUUUAAAGUGCAUAAAAGAAUCCACACAGGUGAGAAGCCACAUUCCUGCCCUGACUGCGGGAAACGUUUUUCAGAAAAAUCCUACCUUACGAAACAUCAGAGAUUGCACACAGGUGAGAGGCCGUAUUCCUGUUCUGUGUGUGUGAAAUCUUUUGCAAACAGAUCCAAUUUUGUCAGACAUCAGAGGUCUCACACGGGGGAAAAAAAACAUUUCUGUUCUGAGUGCGGGAAAUGUUUUUCACAGAAAUCCAAUCUCUUAGUACAUCAAAGGUCUCACACGGGUGAGAGGCUUUAUUCCUGUUCUGAGUGUGGGAAAUGUUUUGUAGAAAAAGCAGAUCUUGUCACACAUCAGAGGUCUCACACUGGGGAAAAACCGUAUUUCUGUUCUGAGUGCGGGAAAUGUUUUUCACAGAGGUCCAAUCUUAUCACACAUCAAAGGUCUCACACGGGUGAGAGGCCCUUUUCCUGUCCUGAGUGCGGGAAAUGUUAUGGACAAAGAGCAGACCUUAUCACACAUCAGAGGUCUCACACGGGAGAAAUCCCGUAUUCAUGCGCUAUGUGCAGGAAAGGUUUUUCAGAUAAGUCACAUCUUUACCGACAUCAGAGGUCUCACACAGGGGAGAAGCCGUUCUCCUGUCCUGAGUGCGGGAAAUGUUUUUCACAGAAGUGCCAUCUUUACAAACAUCAGAAAUUGCACACA